UCUCUCUCUCUCUCUCUCUCUAGCGAUGCAGUUGCUUCCUUGGAAGCCAUGAAAACACAAUUAGCUUCACCGAUCUUCUUCUUCUUCUCUUCUCUGUUUCUUGUUUCCUCUGCUUUAAACUCUGAUGGAGUUCUCUUAAUGAGUUUCAAAUACUCUGUUCUUCUUGAUCCUCUCUCUUUAUUACAAUCAUGGAACUACGACCACGACAAUCCUUGUUCAUGGCGAGGUGUGUUAUGUAAUAACGAUUCAAGAGUUGUUACUUUAUCUCUCCCAAACUCUAACCUCGUUGGUUCGAUUCCUUCCGAUCUGGGUUUCCUCCAAAACCUUCAAAGUCUUAAUCUUUCCAACAAUUCACUCAAUGGGUCAUUACCGGUUGAGUUUUUCGCCGCCGAUAAGCUCUUGUUUCUUGAUUUAUCAAACAACUUGAUCUCCGGCGAGAUCCCUGUGUCAGUCGGAGAUUUACACAACCUCCAGACGUUAAAUCUCUCCGAUAACAUCUUUACCGGAAAAUUACCAACCAAUUUAGCGUCUCUUGGAAGAUUAACGGAGGUUUCUCUGAAGAACAACUACUUCUCCGGCGAGUUUCCCGGCGGCGGAUGGAGAUCGGUUCAGUUUCUAGACAUUUCCUCGAAUCUAUUCAAUGGAUCACUCCCACCGGAUUUCUCCGGCGAUAAUCUCCGGUACCUGAAUGUCUCGUAUAACCAAAUCUCCGGCGAGAUUCCACCGAAUGUCGGUGCUGGUUUUCCUCAAAACGCCACCGUUGAUUUCUCCUUCAACAAUUUAACCGGUUCAAUCCCAGAUUCUCCGGUUUACCUUAACCAGAAAUCAAUUUCGUUUUCUGGAAACCCGGGUUUAUGCGGUGUUCCGACCCGAAACCCAUGUCCCAUUCCUUCCUCUCCAGCAACAGUCUCCGGCGCCGUCGCUCCACCUACGUCUACGCCUGCACUCGCAGCUAUACCGAAAUCAAUCGGGUCAAAUUCAGAAACCAAACCGGACAACUCAAAUCCUCGAACCGGGUUAAGACCAGGAGUUAUAAUAGGAAUCAUAGUCGGAGAUAUCGCCGGAAUCGGAAUCCUCGCUCUUAUCUUCCUCUACGUUUACAAAUACAAGAAGAACAAAACCGUGGAGAAGAAGAACGAUCAAAAUCUAGAAGCUCACGAAGCUAAAGACACAACUUCGUUAUCACCAUCAUCAUCAACAACUACAUCAUCUUCAUCACCAGAACAAUCAAGUAGAUUCGGAAAAUGGUCAUGUCUCCGUAAGAAUCAAGAAACCGAUGAAACCGAAGAAGAAGACGACGAAAAUCAACGGUCAGGAGAGAUUGGAGAGAACAAGAAAGGGACUUUAGUAACUAUUGAUGGAGGAGAGAAAGAGCUUGAAGUUGAAACUUUGCUUAAAGCUUCUGCUUACAUUUUGGGAGCCACCGGUUCGAGUAUAAUGUACAAGACGGUUCUUGAGGACGGUACGGUUCUUGCGGUUCGUCGGUUAGGUGAGAACGGUUUGAGUCAACAACGCCGGUUUAAGGACUUUGAGGCACAUAUUCGAGCUAUUGGUAAACUGGUUCACCCGAAUUUGGUUCGUCUCCGUGGAUUCUAUUGGGGCACCGACGAGAAAUUGGUCAUUUACGAUUUUGUCCCUAACGGCAGUCUCGUCAACGCCCGUUACAGGAAAGGAGGGUCGUCGCCGUGCCAUUUACCGUGGGAGACUCGGCUCAAGAUAGCGAAAGAUAUGGAGCCCAAGAUCGGCGAUUUCGGGCUUGAAAGGCUUCUCGCCGGAGAUACUAGCUACAACCGAGCUAGUGGAUCAUCUCGGAUUUUCAGUAGCAAGCGAUUGACAGCAUCCUCGCGUGAAUUCGGAUCCAUCGGGCCCACACCGAGCCCAAGUCCAAGCUCCGUUGGGCCUAUAUCUCCAUAUUGCGCACCUGAGUCGCUCCGCAAUCUCAAACCAAACCCAAAAUGGGAUGUGUUCGGGUUUGGAGUGAUCCUCCUUGAGCUGCUCACAGGAAAAAUUGUGUCAAUAGACGAGGUCGGGGUAGGAAAUGGGCUGACGGUAGAAGACGGGAACCGGGCGCUGAUAAUGGCUGACGUAGCGAUCCGCUCUGAAUUGGAAGGCAAAGAGGACUUUUUACUUGGCCUUUUCAAGUUGGGAUAUAGUUGUGCAUCUCAAGUUCCACAAAAGAGACCGACCAUGAAAGAGGCCUUAGUAGUGUUUGAAAGAUUCCCUAUUAGCUCGUCGGCUAAGUCUCCAUCGUACCAUUAUGGACACUAUUAAUGUUCGAUCGUACACUAACUCUCUAAGCGUCUCUCUGAGGCCGAAGUAUAUACACAUGAUGCAAUUUGUUCUUUCUUGUUGUUUGUCCACUUUGUUUUUUUGUUUAAUGAUUUUUAGGAUACAAAGUGUGGUUAGAAUAUUCGUCCUUAUGGAUUUUGGGCUCGCUAGCACUAGGAUUGGGCA